AGGAUAUAAAGCGGCAGUUGAGCGGUGAGGAGUCAGAAACAAACUGCAGCCGCACAGCACAGCACAGGGCAGAGACACAGCAAACACCACGUACAGCAAAGAUGGACAGCAAACUGACCGUCACCGUCCUCGCUCUCCUCGCACUAUAUGUGGCUUCUACACGAGCUGCAUCUAUCGGAAGCGCGGGAGGAAGUCUGCGUUGUCAGUGCGUUAAAACAAUGUCUGAGUUCAUCAAUCCGAAGUUCAUGAAGAACAUUGAGAUUGUUCCAAGUGGUCCUCACUGCAGCAAUGCAGAGAUCAUUGUCACUCUGAAAAGCACAAACCGAGUCUGUCUGGACCCACAAGCUCCCUGGGUGAAAAGGAUCAUUAACAGGGUGAUGAAUGGUGCCAAUGCUGAAGGUCACUAAGAAUGUCUAAGGAUGGAGAGAGAGCCUGAAAGCCUCUUGUCACAGUCUCGUUACUACCUCAGCUGUCUUCGUGUUCAGACUUCUUCUCAGCAGGCAGCAAAUGUUAACCUGGUUUAAAGCAGUCUUCACUGAAGUUUAUAUCCAUUGCAUGUAUGUUCUUACUGAACAAUGUAAUUAUCUUGAAAUGUGUUUAUUUUCUCAACUGAGACUAAACUGUGGCCAGCACUUAGGACUGAGAGCAACCGAGGGACUGGAUGCAAAGUAAUAAGCCAACAGCUGGAUCUGUGAUCCUGCUGUUUGCUAGGAUUUUUGUUGUUGUUAUUCAAUGAGAUUUUGUCCCAUAUGUUGUCAGGUUAUGGUGUGACAUGCACAGUUAGUUACUCAGUGGAAAUGUCACUCAGUAUGACAAAUUGUCAGUAUUAUGAUAUUGGUUCGGUCUUUUGAUUUAUUUGGGCUUUUAUUUGCUUCGGUAUUUAUAUUAUGUAUUUAUUCCCUUACAUUGAGAGUGCUAAAAUGUCUACAGAAAAUAAUUUGUUGAAAACUAAUUUAUGUUUCAAAGUAAUUUAUUAAGACAAUAAAUGGAUUAAUUACUAUUUAUUUAUAGUAUUUCAAAUUUGAUAUAACUGUCUGUUAUAUUUGUUACAUCUUGUUUAAAAGGAACAUUGCAGAUUAAAAGUUA